CGUUAUUUUUAUUAUAAGGCCCGCUGAAAAUGACUGAAUAUAAACUUGUGGUAGUUGGAGCUGGUGGCGUAGGCAAGAGUGCCUUGACGAUACAGCUAAUUCAGAAUCACUUUGUGGAUGAAUAUGACCCUACAAUAGAGGAUUCCUACAGGAAACAAGUAGUAAUUGAUGGAGAAACCUGUCUCUUGGACAUUCUCGACACAGCAGGUCAAGAGGAGUACAGUGCUAUGAGGGACCAGUACAUGAGGACUGGGGAGGGCUUUCUUUGUGUAUUUGCCAUAAAUAAUACUAAAUCAUUUGAAGAUAUUCACCAUUAUAGAGAACAAAUAAAAAGAGUUAAAGACUCUGAAGAUGUACCUAUGGUCCUAGUAGGAAAUAAAUGUGAUUUGCCUUCUAGAACAGUAGAUACAAAACAGGCUCAGGACUUAGCAAGAAGUUACGGAAUUCCUUUUAUUGAAACAUCAGCAAAGACAAGACAGGGUGUUGACGAUGCCUUCUAUACAUUAGUUCGAGAAAUUCGAAAACAUAAAGAAAAGAUGAGCAAAGAUGGUAAAAAGAAGAAAAAGAAGUCAAAGACAAAGUGUAUAAUUAUGUAAAUACAAUUUGUACUUUUUUCUUAAGGUAUACUUAAGUAAAAGUGGUAAUUUUUGUACAUUACACUAAAUUAUUAGCAUUUGUUUUACUUUAGCCAUUACCUAAUUUUUUUCCCCUGCUCCAUCCAAACUAUUAGCUUUUAUCUUGAAUGCUUAUUUUAAAAUGACAGUGGAAACUUUUUCCCCUCUAAGUGCCAGUAUUCCCUGAAUUUUUGUUUUUGAAACUAGCAAUGCCUGUGAAAAAGAAACUAAAUACCUGAGAUUUCUUUCUUGGGGUUUUUGGUGCAUGCAGUUGAUUACUUCCUAUUUUUCUUACCAAUUGUGAACUUUGGUGUGAAACAAAUUAAUGAAGCUUUUGAAUCCUCCUUAUUCUGUGUUUUAUCUAAUCACACACAUGGAUUAAUUACUAAUUAUAACUUCAGUUGAGAUUUCAUGAUUGGUUUUACCAAAACAUUGAGGGAACAUGAAUUUCUGAGCUUCCUGUAGAUUCAUCUUGCCGACAUCAUGUCCUCUAGUUUCAGUCACCCUUAAUGAAUGUAAAUGUACACUGUUCACAAAGACUUUUUUCCUCUUUCCACUGCUAUUUGUCAUAGUCAUGUUCCCCAAAUAUUAUAUUUUUUCUAUAAAAGGAAAAAAAUGGAAAAAAAGACAAGUCAAUGGAAAAUAUUAAAACGCCAUUUACUUUCCAUAUUAGAUAUUCCUAUAAUACUCUUAAUAGCUUUUCCUGUUAAUGCAGACCCAGUAUGUAAUAAGGAUUAUAGCAACCAUUUGGGGGCUAUAUUUACAUGCUACUAAAUUUUUGUAAUAAUUGAAAAAAAUUUUAACAUGUAUAAAGAUUCUCAUAGGAAUUAACUAUAGUCUCCCUGUGUCAGAUUGCUCCUUCCUAGCAUAACUUUAAACCUUUUCUUGAACUUCCGUCUUUGAAUAAAGUUUUAAUUCUGGUAGUGAUAUUAAAGAUUAUUUGAGUCAGUUAGCUUAGUAGGUGUUAAAGAGAACAAGUUGAAGGCCAGGCCCUGUGUGAAGAACCCCUGAGCUUCACUGAGUUUCACAGUAUGGAGUGCAUCCCUAUGGCCUUCCCGUGUUGUCAAGCAUUGGUUGGUUAAAAAUGGGAAGUAGGAGAGAUUUGGCUAGCUCAGCAAGAUACAUUCUCACUGUGUGGUGGUUCUGUUGACAAAUCAGGAACAUAACUUUUAAAAAAAAAAGAACAACAACAGAACUUAAAAAAUAUAUUUUAAAUGAGAAUUGGGAUAGGGCAAAGCUUUAAUUUUUUUAAAUAGUGAAGGGAAAAAGUUUCAAAGUCUCUAAUAUGGCUAGUUCUCUUAACACUGUUAAAGUAACAUUUCAUAAAUACUUUACAAGUCUGGUCCAUUUUUAAGAAUAAUGCUUUAAAAUAGAUAAAUCAACAAAAUGAUUCAAUGCAUUUAAAAUGUUUCUUAUUUUAAGAUAUUUAAAGUGAGAUGGUACAUUGAGGUGAAAAUAUCACUGGACUAGGAGGAAGGUAACUUAGAUUUUUGGUGUCUUUUACAACUUCGAUUUUAGGCAAAUCACUUAUCCAUUUCUUCAUGUUAAGUCAUCUCAAGGCUAUAGCUAGCAUUACAAUUAUGUGAUUUACAUUCAGUUUACAUUAAAAUAUACCUAUUUACCAUUCUCAGCAUAAUCUGUAACUUAUUACCUGUGCUAACAUCUUCAGUGCCGGUCUUAGGCAAAAUUGUGCAAGAGGUGAAAUUUAUUUUUGAAUAUCCUUUCUCCAAAUUCAAGACCCUUCUCCCAUAUUAGUGUCAUCUUGCCUGCCUACCUUUCUAUGUGACCCAUGACUUGAUGCUUUUUCUUUAAUAUGUCUAAUUCCCUUAACCUCAAAAUUUAUUGCUGCUUUGGGUAUCGCUUUGAAGGUUUCCCAUCAGGUCACAUUCGAAUGCCCUAUGUCUUAUUUCCCCCAAGCUCAACAUAAUCUGAGAUACUACGGUGGGAUUCGACCUAAUGGCUAAUUUUGAGGUGGUGGCUGUAGCAAUUUAACCUUGAUCCUUUGAAUAUCAUGUUUGCUGUCUGGUCCAUUAGUGACUACGUAGCGAUUUUCAUACCUGCUAUGAGUAGACGGAACCCUAUCCAGUGGAAGAAUGAUUUAAUAAAAGGUAGUGCUGAAAGAAUUCCUUAGAUAAUCUGUAAUUAGGACUGCUGAAAGAAUUCCUUAGAUAAUCUAUAAUUAGGACUAGCCCUGGUAACAGUUACACAUUGCUUUGUUUUAAUAACUAAAAUCUUACAAUGAAAAAUACUUUAAAAUUUAAUUCAUAAAGUUUUUUAGCAUGGUUCAUUUAUUCAGCAUAUUUGAGUGCCUCCUAAAUGUCAGGCAUUAUGCCAGGCACUGAGGAUAUUAUGGUAAAAGGGAUAUAAUCUGUAUGCUAAAAUAGUGUUUAUAUUCUAGAGUGUUCUGUAGUAUCUUUGUGAGGCAUUUGGCACAUGACCCAGUUUUGUAGAGAAGGGAGUUGGUCUCUUAAGGUUUCUUCCAUUUCUGGAGUAAUUAUUUUGCUCUGAUUCCAAUUUAACUGUUUAAUCAAGCUACUUUAUAUAAAUCACUUUUACUUCAUUGUUUUAAAGGAGUAAACUUGAUUUUUUAAAAAAUUUGGCAUAAUUGUGUGGUUCUAUUGGGACAAUUAUCAUAUACAUUAAGUUGUAUGACAUAAUAUUAAAAUUUCCAAGUGUGUAAUAUUCUGGUGGUUCUAUUUGUGUAAGUAAUUAAAAUAGACUUUUAAAAUUAAAUAUUGAAUUCUAAAAUAGUUAUAUUUAUCACAGUAUGAUUAAAUAGAUGCCCAAACUAAUUCACAGAAAAUUUCUGUAUAAAAAUCAGUAGGAUUUCUGAAAUGCUAUGCUAUACUACAGGUUUAUGGAACAUUAUCUAGGUGGGUGGUAAGACAUAUAGAACCUCCUCUUAUUUCUACCCUACAGAAAGAAAUGGCCAUACUUCAAGAAUAGCAAGUGUAUAAUUGAGUGAGGGGAUUUUUAGGACUCUUGAAUUUUUGAUGUAGCUGGACUUUUUUUUUUAAUGCAGUGGUAAUUAUCCUUUAUUAUGUGAAUUUUGAAUGAUUUGACGAAAGGUUUGUUUUCAUAGAGAUUUUAAAAGAAGAGAGAUGAUCCUAGAAGUAACAUGUUAUCUCAUUAUCACAGCCUUAAAGAUAAAAAUCCUUGUUGAAGUUGAAAGAAAGUGCUAAAUUACAUAGUCUUAGACAUGCACAUGUUUGUGGAAGAGUGUAUCAGAAGUAUGUAGUCAAAUUCGAGUGAAUAUUCCCAGUUAGGCAUUUGAGGCUCGAUUUUAACUGAGUCACACUGCAUAGGAAUUUAGAACCUAACUUUAAUAGGUUAUCAGAACCUUUGCCACUAUUGCACAAUUUUGUCCUAAUAUAUAAAGAAACCUUAUGAGGCAUGUUAAGUUGCAGUUUGCACAAGUUCAUCUCAUUUGUAUUCCAGUGAUUUUUUUUUUCUUCUAAACAAUAUAUACACAUUCAGUUUUUUGUAGGCAAUAAACUAUCACUUACACUUGUCAAAAAGUAAUACUUUCUUGAUAAUUAUAUAUUACUGAUUUUUAAAAACCUAUCAGCUACUAUACAACUGAAUUUAUAUUUAAUAAUUUCUCUGUUAAUAUUGGGUAGCAUGAAAUCUGCUUUGAUAAAUUGAACAGCAUACAACUGGUAGCUGCAAAUUCCUUCGGAAAAUAAAAUUAUUUCUUUCUAAAGAUAUAUUCUCAUCAGUUCUUAAAACAUAGUUAUAACUAGAUUAAUACUUAUUUUAGUUUAAUAGUUUUAAGUGCCUGUUUGGGAUGAUGCUAGGUAAUUUAGAUGAAUUUAGGGAAAAUAAAAUUAUUACCUGCAGAGAUGUCAAUUAGAGGGUAACCCCUCCCCAUAGAGUUAAAUGGGUUAUGUAAUGUUUUAUCCAAAAGUUUCCAGUUCCACUGUCUUGUGUUUUCAUGUUGAAAAUACUUUUGCAUUUUUCCUUUGAGUGCCAAUUUCUUACUAGUACUAUUUCUUAAUGUAACAUGUUUACCUGGAAUGUAUUUUAACUAUUUUUGUAUAGUGUAAACUGAAACAUGCACAUUUUGUGCAUCGUGCUUUUUUUGUGGGACAUAUGCAGUGUGAUCCAGUUGUUUUCCAUCAUUUGGUUGCGCUGACCUAGGAAUGUUGGUCAUAUCAAACAUUACAUUUAAAAAUGACCACUCUUUUAAUUAAAAUUAACUUUUAAAUGUUUAUAGGAGUAUGUGCUGUGAAGUGAUCUGAAAUUUGUAAUAUUUUUGUCAUGAACUGUACUGCUCCUAAUUAUUGUAAUGUAAUAAAAAUAGUUAUGAUGACUCUG